AUGACAUCUGCUCCUAACGAACUCUUCAAUCAACUUCAUAUUGACAACACCCAAGAUCUGUCAUCUAAAGACUUUGCAGAUUUAAUUAACAACAGUCUGAUCGCACCAAUGAGAGCCUACAAUCCACUGGAUACAUCAAACAUUUCUACCCUUCUUGAUGAAAUCCAUGAGUACCCAAAUCUUAACACCAACUUGGCUGACACUGACCUGCUCUGUGUUAAAGAAGUGAAAAAACCUCAACCCGUCCAAAGCACUAGGCCCUCAUGGCAUUGACAAUAGGAUCCUGAAAGAAUACGCACAUCCUAUCACGCACCUACUCAACGUCUCGUAGAAAGAACAGAAGCUACUCCGAGAAUGGAAACAAGCCAACAUAACACCAGUUCCUAA